CCUCUUCCACCUCAACUGUCGUCCCUUCACGAGAGGAGCAGCUAGAGAGCCCGGGAGGCCCCUCACACGAGCUGGGAGGCUGCCAGGCCCAGAUGCCAGACAAGCCGGCGUUCAAGUUCACCCCGUCUGUGGGGUCGUGGCUCCAGAGCAAGCCCCCUCAGGUGGUGCCCGCGCAGGCAGAGGACGCCAAGGAGGCACCUACGUAUUGGACUCUGUGGCGCACAGAGGAGGGUAAAUUUUACUUCCACAACGAAGACACCGACAAGACCGCCUGGCAUCUUCCUCCUGGUGGCGUGGUCUAUUUGGACGAGGACGCGCUCUCCAUGUUCUUGGAGCAGGACCUCCGCCCGGGCACGGAGGAGAUCCUGGCGUGGCGACGGGGGUGGGGGCAGUGGUGCUCCCCGCCACCCUCGGCGGUUAUCCGGGACUCACGCACAGAGCGGUCGUUUUCGUACGAGACGAGUCUGGAGGCUGAUUCCGAGGUGGAGGAGUGGCUCUUUGGUGAUGCAGGCGAUUUGGAUACGAACAGCUUGGCGGAUCAGAACGACCUCAAGUCCGAGGCAGAGGCCUCUUCCACCUCAACUGUCGUCCAGCUAGAGAGCCCGGGAGGCCCCUCACACGAGCUGGGAGGCUGCCAGGACAGCAAGGUGGAAGAACUACGGAUUCAGAUGCCGGAGAAGCCGGCGUUCAAGUUCACCCCGUCUGUGGGGUCGUGGCUCCAGAGGAAGCCCCC